AUGGAGGAAGGAGGCCAAUUAGAAGGGUAUGCCAGUGCUUCAGACUUGGAGACUAGGACUGAAACCACAGAGGCAACACCAGUGGCCAAUAUUUCAGACGAUGAAUCACCCAAGCAGGUUAUAGUUGAAAGACUCAGAAGGCAAGGUCUUUGCUACUCCAUCGAUGGGGAAUCUGGACAUCAGAGAAACCAGGAAACAAGGCAGCAAGGAGUUCAGGAGAGAGAUUUGAGACAAAUAGCUAAACACCAAAAGAUUCAUAUAAGAGACAAGACUUACGAAUGUGAUGAAUGUGGGAAAAGUUUCAGUCGUCGCUCAAUAUUGAUGAAUCACCAGAUGAUUCACACUGGAGAGAAGCCUCAUAAAUGUAAUGACUGUGGGAAGGCCUUCAGUCAAAUGGCAAACCUUACUGUACAUCAGAGGAUUCAUACUGGAGAAAAGCCUUAUGAAUGCCAGGAAUGUGGGAAAGGCUUCUGUACCUCUUCAAAUCUCAAUGUUCAUAAGAGGAUUCAUUCUGGAGAGAGGCCUUAUCAUUGUAAUGAAUGUGGGAAAUCUUUCAGAGUAAGUUCCUCACUUAUUCAGCACCAUCGGAUUCAUAGCGGAGAGAAGCCUUUCCACUGUAAUGAAUGUGGGAAAACAUUCUGUCAAAACUCACACCUUAUGGUCCAUCAGAGUAUUCACAAGGAAGAAAAGCCUUAUAAAUGUGAAGAAUGUGGGAAAGAUUUCCGAAUUUCUUCACAGCUUAUUGUACAUCAAAGAAUUCACACUGGAGAGAGGCCUUUUAAGUGCAAUGAUUGCGGGAAAUCCUUCAUUGAAAGAUCAAGACUGACCCUGCACCAUAGGAUUCACAAUGGAGAGAAGCCUUAUAAAUGUAAUGAAUGUGGGAAAGCCUUCUCUAACUGGUCAAACUUUAUUAAGCAUCCAGAGAUUCAUACUAGGAAAAAAGUCUUAUAA